AUGUUUCUGCUGCUUCUCGUGACGCUGAUCGUGGUCGCCGGAUCAUGGGUUCUGGUGACGGUCUUGCGCAAUCGAUCCACCGUAGCCCGAUUCCAGAAGCUAUUUCCAAAAUUCGUGUGCGUUCCUUCAGUUCCCAUUCUUGGAUCGGCGUACCUCUUCAAAGAUGCAACACCGGCCGGAAUCUUCAGAACUAUAACAGGCUGGCAUCAGGUGUACGGCCGCAACCUGAUCAGACAGGGCCUGUUCAAUAAACCGUCAGUCCAGAUCUGCAAUCCUGCAGUCAUCGAACAAGUUUUGCAGGCGAAGACGAUUGAGAAAACAAUUGCCUACGACUUCAUGAAGCCUUGGCUAGGAUCUGGUUUGGUUGUGUCAACCGGUGCAAAGUGGGCAGAACGCCGGAAGGUCAUUACGCCGACCUUUCACUUCAAGAUUCUGGAGGACUUUCUCGUCAUCAUGAAUCACCAGACGGACGUGCUGAUCGAGAAGCUGGGGGCGCAGGUUGGUGGACCAGAUUUCGAUAUCUACGAGCAUGUCACAUACUGCGCAUUGGACAUCAUCUCCGAGUCAGCGAUGGGUGUGAAGCUGAACACGCAGCAUAAUCCGCACACGGAAUAUGUCAAAGCAGUUAAAGAACUUUCAGCCAUCACCUUCAAGCGCCUGUUCUCUCUUGCGCGAGAGUACAAGUGGGUGUUCCGGCUCCAGGAAGCUUCGCGCCGACAAGACAAACUGAUGAAGGUCAUGCACGAGUUCGCACAGCAAGUAAUCAGCGAGCGCAAGAAACAGCUGGAAGAUGAACGCGAGCGUCAACGGGCUAACCAGAAGCUCGAGGAAACGGACGUCUAUGGCAAAAGACGGAUGACGCUUCUCGAUCUGCUGCUAAACGUGACCAUCGAUGGCAAGCCAUUAUCUAACAUCGACAUUCGUGAGGAAGUGGAUACGUUCAUGGCUGCAGGACACGACACAACCACCUCGUGCAUCAGCUUCGCUUGUUAUCAUCUCUCUCGUAACCCAGCGAUUCAGCAGAAGGUUUAUGAGGAAAUUCAGAAAAUUAUUGGUCCUGAUGCGGGCCGGAUCGAGCUGACCAACAGUACGCUCCAAGACUUACGGUAUCUGGAUCAGGUGAUUAAGGAAACGUUGCGCAUGAACCCUUCGGUACCGAUCAUCGGACGCCGAUCGGCCGGCGAUAUGACCAUCGAUGGUGUCCCGGUUCCCAAAGGAAUGGAGUUUGGUGUUCUCAUUUAUGCGCUCCACAAUGAUCCGGAACUGUAUCCAGAGCCAGAGCGCUUCGAUCCGGAGCGAUUCAGCGAUGAGGCACAGGCUGCAAGGCCACCGUACAGCUACAUCCCGUUCAGUGUUGGUGCGCGCAACUGUAUCGGUCAGCGGUACGCUAUGCUGGAGAUUAAAACCAUGCUGGUGAAGGUGCUGGCUAAUUAUAAACUGUUACCGUGCGAGGACAACAACAGGGCAUUUCUUCAAGCGGAUAUCACGUUGAAGCCGGUCAAUGGUGCGUUCGUGAAGGUUGUAAAUCGUCACUAAA